ACUGACCAAACCUGCUUCCUGUACACAAAGACGGCCGAUAAAAAUUGUGAAAUUCCGGAGUGACAUCAAAUGCAAACCAACAAUUCCAUCGAAGCCGGAGCUUAUUCCCCAGUCAUGAUCACCGAAAUGCUCAGUUCUGCUUGCGUCGUCCUAUUAGUUGUUGUUAUCUGCUGUAUGAUCAAACUCUACAACAUGGUAAAAAUCAUCCGACCAUCAGGGAAUGAAAGAGCUCGUGUGGAGUACGCCAGAGAGAAUCAGAGAGCCUUACCAGUAGAGAGGGAACCCACAGUUUCUUUUCCUCGAGCUGAGGAAAGCGCAAGACAACGUUUUACAUGUAACAAUACAACCUACGGCGGAUUACAAGCGAUACGACGACAGCCACAAAUGCAUGACGAACGUUUUAGGGGGCAACAGCUACAGUGUACCACUGAAGACGCCGUGGACUUGCCUGAGUAGGCUUACUAAGGUAAAAAGGUCUUUAAGAUAUCAUAGCCUUGAGAUUACAUGCUUUUUACAUAGUGCCAUUAAUUCGGAAGAUCCUCAAAAUCAAAGUUCCUUUCUCUUAUCACUUCGGCCGAUAAGAUUGUGUCUUUACUACAUCUCUAUGCAGUCUUACACUACAACAAAACCACUGGAAGUAUAUACAAGUACAUUUUCAUUUUCUGUGCUCUGAAUAGACACGACAAAUCGUUCCUGGAACCCCUCGGUGUUCUUUCUGAACGGUAGGAUUUACGCACAAUUGUGUUCCUCUUUCCAUCCAAAGUAGGUGUAAUGUUUUUUGUUUUCGGCUGAGUCACUUCAAAGUUUUUAUUUCGUUUCUUCGUCUGGUCAACUUUCCAAAAACGCACGAGUGUAUCGCUGCAUCAAAACACGAUGAGACAUCUGCAAAUUUUGUUGGUCUGGUUAAAACAAAGGCCACUGUUAAGUCACAUUUACUGCAUGUCUUCUUUCGCUAACUGGACAUUCAUUCUUUUUAACAGAUUUCCACAAAUUAUCCGCGUUCCUGUGGUGAACUGGCUUUCUCCAGGGAAAGUGAAUGACAUUGUGUCGAUGGACAACAGUGAUAUAUUUUUUUAAUAUGAAAAACGGCCUAUACUUUAUACUUAAUACUCAUGCAUAUACUUUACAAUUGAAACUGUGUUUAAAACGGCCGAUUUGAGAAAAAAAGUCUGUGUACAAAUAAAACUAGAUGGCCCUAAAAACAGUAACUAACUGCGUUGGUUUAUUUGUGUUUUCCUCUCGAGAUAAUGUAAUUUGUAUUGCUUGCGGUCAGACGCGCGACUUCACCCACAGGAUCGAAUUGAAUAAAACUAUGACACCAUACUUGUUCCUCCGGCACUUGAUCUUGGCUCUAUGCUUGAAAAUAAAGAACAAUUUGCAGAUUAAGGCUUUUGUCGGCGAAGCAAUUUAAGACCAAAGCAGCUUGCUUGUUGGCCACCUCUCUAUUCAGGCGCCUUUGAAAACAUUGACGAAGCUCGAACACCUUACCCAGUAAUGAUUGCUGAGACCUCAAAUCGAACAGUUACUAGAAUUGAAUCAUCCUUGUGAGUGGAGCGCAGUUCUUUUUAUUUGCGGCGGAACAAUUUAAGACCAAAGCAGCUUGCUUGUUGGCCACCUCUCU